AUGGCUGAGGAUUUCAUGAAUCGUUUCAGAUUUAAUACUGAAAUCACUGCGGACAGGUUCUCAUUAGCCAACAUACAAAAGAAACCAUCGGAGGACUUCCAGGAGUAUGCACGACGUUGGAGAACCGAGGCUGCAAGGGUUCAACCACCGCUCGAUGAGAGUGAGCUCUCAAAAUACUUUAUUCGAGCCCAAGAAGGUAUCUACUUUGACAAGAUGAUGUCAAUGAUGGGCCAAAAGUUUGCAGAAUUGGUUAAGAUGGGAGAUUUUAUAGAGGAAGGCAUCAAAUCAGGUAAAAUUCAGUCCAUGGCUGCAUUGCAAGCUGCAAGUAAGGCCAUACAAUCAGGAUCCAUUGGUGGCAUUAAGAAGAAAAAGGAGGAUGUUUCAGUCGUCAAUUACCAACAUGGAGGACAAUCCCACCAAUACCCCAACAAUCCCCAAAUUGUUGCACAUACUCCAUACACCUCGUAUCCAGUAUAUAAUACCCGACCACACUAUAAUCCACCUCGAGCACCAACAUACCAAAGUCCAACAAGACCACAUGUCCCACUCCAAGCACCAACCCACCAAAAUAGACCAGCAUAUGUGCCAAGACCACGUCCAAAUCUCGAAGCCAGAAAUACUCGCACCUACACACCCAUUGCUGAACCUUAUGCUCAAUUGUUUGAAAGGUUGAGGAUAGCAGGAGUACUACAUCCAGUUGAGGGAAAACUCCCCGACCCAAUCCCUUACAAUUUUGAUGGAAACAAGCGAUGCGCUUACCACUCGGGAAUCCAAGGGCAUGACACAGAAGAUUGUUAUGGCUUGAAAAAACAGGUUGAGACGUUGAUCAGAAGAGGAAUAAUAAAAUGCACUCCAACACCUCCGAAUGUGAACAACAACCCUUUGCCAAAUCAUGAGAAUCGAGAAGUCAAUAUGAUUUCUCUAGAAGAAGAGUACAACUUGGGAGAAACCAUCGCGCUUGUCUGGAACGCCGAAGAAGCUGCCACUGCAUCUCUAGUGCAACCUGUUAUCACUGUUCAACUAAGAGAACCUUUUACUGUCCAAACAUAUAUCCCGAGAGUUGUAGUUACCACUACAGUUGCUAGAAAGGCUGAGUUUGACACCAAAGGAGUCCCAUGGGAUUAUAAAACAGAAGCCAAGGGCAAGAUGAUUGACGCCGCUGUGGCUCAGGGGAUGACUAGAUCAGGAAGGUGCUAUACUCCCGAGAAUCUGAAUCAAGGAGUUAUUGGGAAGGAGCCGAAUCCCAAGAAGAAUGUUACGGAUGCUGAAGUCACAGAAUUUUGGACAAAGAUGCAGCCGAAAGACUAUUCAGUCGAGGAGCAACUGAAGAAGACAUCGGCUCAUAUAUCCAUAAUGUCUUUGCUAAUGAGUUCUGAGGCUCAUAGGAAUGCUUUGAUGGAGGUGUUAAAUGGGGUUUGCAUUCCAAAAAAGACCGCAAGUGAAACCUUAGCUGCAAUAAUUGGACAAGUAUUGGAAUCUAACAAAAUCUCUUUCCAUGAUAAUGAGCUACCAACGGAAGGGACUGGACACAACAAAGCACUUCAUAUCGCGGUCAAAUGUCGUGAUAAGAUUGUGACCCGAGUUCUGAUUGAUGGCGGUUCUGGAUGUAACAUCUGCCCUUUCACAACUAUGAGAGUUUUAGGCUUGAAUAUGGGAGAUAUAGAGGAAAGUCGUGUAAAGGUGAGAGCUUUUGAUGGAGCACAGAGAAGCGUCAUUGGAGAAAUCCAUCUCACAUUGCAAGUGGGACCAGCAGAAUUCCCUAUUUUAUUUCAAGUGAUGGAUGUGUCAUCGAACUACAACCUGCUGCUGGGAAGACCAUGGGUCCAUAUGGCAAAAGCAGUCCCUUCAACUCUUCAUCAAUGUGUAAAGUUUGAGUGGGGUCACACAGAAGUUACUGUUCAUGGGGAGCUCAAUCACCCCAUUUAUUCUGUCAAUUCUGUUCCAGUAACUAAGGAAUUAGAUGGAGCCACUUUUCACACUUUAGAAAUCAUGCAAGCUGUGAGGAUUGACGAGAAGUUAGAGUCGGUUGGUGUGAAAUUGUCAGGGGCAGCAAAGAUGGUCGCAGCAGAGAUGUUGAAAUACGGGUAUCAGCCUAAGACAGGACUUGGACCCAGGGCCAAUGGCAUAGUUGAACCCAUCCAGUUGAAGCAUCAGAAAGGUACCACUGGACUCGGAUAUGGAUCUACAUCGGGACGAGUCCACAACAGGGGAUCCAUCAAGACAACGUUCGUACCAGAGCAAGUUCCGAUUCUAGAUCACGCAUCUGACGAUGAUAUAGCGGAAGGAAUAGGAAAUUUGUUCGUGGCCAUGAUUGGAGAAGAGGAAGAGAUAGAUCUUCACAAAUUGAGCAUCCGUGAUUCCAAGCCUGGAGAAAGCUUGCAGAAUUGGACCGUCAGUCCUUCCCUGUUUCGACAAGAGUCCUGCAUUCAUAUUAAAAAUCCUAGUUCAACGGUUAUGACAUGUAAUGAAUCCAUCGAGCAAAGUGAAAAGAAUGAACACGAUCAAGAAGAAUAUGAUGAAAGCAUGAUGCCUGAAAAUCUACCACAGGAGAUCGAGAAGUUUGAAAGUCAGGAGAAACCUAAUAUGGAUGAAACAGAGGUUGUCAAUUUAGGAGAUGAGGAAACUGUGAAGGAAACCCGAAUUAGCAUACAUUUAGAGGCCGAAAGAAAGAAUGAGUUAAUAGAAUUGCUUAGGCAACAUGUCGACAUAUUUGCUUGGUCUUAUGACGAUAUGCCAGGGUUAUGCACCGAUAUCGUUUCACAUAGACUACCAAUUGAUCCCACCUGCCUACCCGUUAAACAAAAGACAAGAAAGUUCAAGCCAGACUUGAGUCUAAGGAUCAAAGAAGAGGUAACCAAGCAGAUUGAGGCGAACAUUGUAAGGGUCACAAAUUACCCCACUUGGUUGGCAAAUAUAGUACCAGUGCCAAAAAAGGAUGGAAAGAUCAGAAUAUGUGUGGACUAUCGAGAUCUCAACAAAGCUAGUCCUAAGGAUGAUUUCCCUCUCCCAAAUAUCCAUAUACUCAUUGACAAUUGUGCAAAAUAUGAAUUGCAAUCAUUUGUCGAUUGUUUCGCGGGAUAUCACCAGAUAUUGAUGAAUGAAGACGAUGCAGAAAAGACAGCAUUUAUCACUCCAUGGGGGGUGUAUUGCUAUAGAGUAAUGCCAUUUGGCCUAAAAAAUGCUGGUGCAACCUAUAUGAGGGCCAUGACCACCCUCUUUCAUGAUAUGAUCCACAAGGAGAUUGAAGUAUAUGUGGACGAUAUCAUUAUCAAAUCCAAAAGGAGUUUGGACCACCUAUAUGAUUUGCGAAAAUUCUUUGAGAGGUUGCGAAAGUAUAAUCUAAAAUUAAAUCCAGCAAAGUGUGCAUUUGGAGUACCUGCAGGAAAACUGUUAGGAUUCAUUAUUAGCAGGAGAGGCAUAGAGUUGGACCCCUCUAAGAUCAAAGCAAUUCAAGAAUUACCUCCCCCGAAGACCAGGAAGGACGUGAUGAGUUUCUUGGGAAGGCUUAACUACAUCAGUCGGUUCAUAGCACAAUCCACAGUAAUUUGUGAACCCAUUUUCAAAUUACUUAAGAAGGAUGCUGCCACAAAAUGGACGGAGGAAUGUCAAAGGGCUUUCGACAAAAUCAAAGAAUAUUUGUCCAACCCGCCAGUAUUAGUCCCACCUGAGCCUGGGAGGCCGUUGCUACUAUACUUAUCUGUCAUGGAUAAUGCAUUUGGAUGCGUAUUGGGACAACAUGAUCAGACAGGUAGAAGAGAGCAAGCCAUUUAUUACUUGAGCAAGAAGUUCACACCGUAUGAGGCAAGAUAUACCUCGUUGGAACGAACAUAUUGUGCUUUGACUUGGAUCGCGCAGAAAUUUAGGCAUUACCUGUCUGCAUACACCACGUACUUAAUCUCAAGAUUGGAUCCACUCAAGUACAUCUUUCAAAAACCAAUGCCUACAGGUAAAUUGGCAAAAUGGCAAAUUUUGUUGAGCGAGUUCGACAUUGUGUACGUGACAGAAAAGGCCAUCAAAGGACAAGCCUUGGCUGACCACCUCGCAGAAAAUCCAGUGGAUCAAGAUUAUGAGCCUCUAAAAACUUACUUCCCUAAUGAAGAAGUAUUAUUUGUAGGAGAAGACGUAUCAGAACGAUACGAUGGUUGGAGGAUGUUUUUUGAUGGAGCAUCAAAUUCCAAAGGGGUUGGAAUAGGAGCGGUUUUAAUUUCAGAAAAGGGUCAAUAUUACCCAAUUUCAGCCAAGAUUAGGUUUGAUUGCACCAAUAACAUGGCAGAGUAUGAAGCUUGUAUUCUCGGACUUAGAAUGGCCAUAGACAUGAACGUCAAAGAGCUUUUGGUCAUAGGUGAUUCUGAUUUAUUGGUUCAUCAGGUGCAAGGAGAAUGGGCUGCUAAGAAUGUGAAGAUCCUUCCUUAUUUGCAUUGCAUAAAGGAGUUGAGUAGGAGAUUCACAAAGAUUGACUUCAAACAUGUCCCUCGAGCUCAAAAUGAAUUUGCCGAUGCUUUGGCAACAAUAUCCUCAAUGAUUCAACAUCCGGACAAGAAUUACAUCGACCCUAUUGAAGUAAAGUUAUAUGAUCGACAUGCAUAUUGUUUUCAUAUUGAUGAGGAAUUGGAUGGAAGACCAUGGUACUAUGACAUCAAGAGAUUGAUAGAAGCACGAGAAUAUCCCGAAAAUGCCACCAGCAAGCAAAAAGGGACUCUGAGAAGGAUGGCCAAUCAUUUCUUUCUUAAUGGAGAAAUUUUGUAUAGGAGGACUCCAGAUUUAGGAUUGCUAAGAUGUGUUGACGCCAAGGAAGCGACGAGACUUUUAGAAGAAAUACAUGCAGGAACAUGUGGACCUCAUAUGAAUGGGUUCACUCUAGCUAAGAAGAUCUUAAGAGCUGGAUAUUUUUGGAUGACCAUGGAGAGAGAUAGCAUUCGAUACGUGCAGAAGUGUCAUCAAUGCCAAGUGCAUGGAGAUUUUAUACGAGUUCCACCAAAUAAGCUCAAUGUUAUGGGUUCCCCAUGGCCAUUUUCUUCUUGGGGCAUGGAUGUAAUUGGACCCAUAGAGCCUCCCGCAUCAAAUGGACAUCGUUUCAUCCUUGUAGCUAUUGAUUAUUUUAUAAAAUGGGUCGAAGCUUCUACAUAUAAGGCAGUAACUAAGAAAGUCGUGGCAGAUUUUGUUCGUAACAAUAUCAUUUGUCGAUUUGGGAUUCCAGAAUCAAUUAUAACAGAUAAUGCGGCCAAUCUCAAUAGCGAUCUUAUGAAGGAAAUUUGUGAGCAAUUCAAGAUUGCUCAUCGAAAUUCCACAACUUAUCGGUCACAGAUGAAUGGAGCAGUUGAAGCAGCAAACAAGAACAUCAAGAAGAUUUUGAGGAAAAUAGUGGAUGGUCACAGACAAUGGCAUGAGAAGUUACCAUAUGCUCUGCUCGGUUAUCGUACCACAAUCAGAACUUCCACUGGGGCAACUCCUUAUAUGUUGGUUUAUGGUUCAGAAGCAGUAAUACCUGCUGAAGUGGAAAUACCAUCUUUAAGGAUUAUUCAAAAGGUCGGUUUAGAUGAUGCAGAAUGGAUUCGCAGCAGGAUUGAACAGUUGAUGCUCAUUGAUGAGAAAAGAAUGGAUGCAGUUUGUCAUGGUCAACUUUACCAAAACAGAAUGGCCAAAGCAUUUAACAAGAAGGUCAAGCCUCGACAGUUCACACCAGGACAAUUAGUAUUGAAGAAGAUAUUUCCUCACCAAGGAGAAGCUAAAGGAAAAUUUGCACCAAACUGGCAAGGUCCUUACAUGGUUCAUAGAGUAUUAUCUGGAGGAGCAGUAAUCUUGGCAGAAAUGGACGGUACAGUGAGCACAAAGCCAAUCAACUCAGACUCCAUCAAGAAGUACUACAUCUGA